CCGCUCGCCUCUCACUUAGGAGGAGAGCUCUGGAACUGACGGGAUAGACUUGUCUAGCUACUCUAAACCCUUCUUGGCUUAUGUGGACUAGCUGUCUGUAUACUUAGACAAUGUGAAAUAACAGGGUCGAGCAAGGAUACAACCUAUACCAUCGGAUAACCGUCGGGACCGCAUGCGCCAAAUUAAUUAGAUUCUGUCAAAUUGCGCUCUCAGUGCAAGAAAACUACAAGUGGUAUAAGCUGCCCGAGUAAACUAUUGUCAUGGACGAGACACUCUUAUUUUAGCCUUGGGUGACGAGGAAGAAGAUUUAGGCACGGCAUUCCCGGACUUGACUCAUAAGGACUCAUCAAUGCGUCUUCUUGUCGACCCACCGAGAACAAUGAAUAGUGGUUCUAGCAACUUUCUGCUAGUCCCAAUACCGGAAUAUCCUGUUCUAGAUUGUGUGCCCAACAAAAACGUUAAAAUUGUGGUUUUGGGAGCAAGUAACGUGGGGAAAACAGCUUUGAUAGUCAGGUUUCUGACCAAGAGGUUCAUCGGGGACUAUGAAGCAAACACAGGGGCGCUCUACUCCAGAAAGAUCAGUAUAGAUGGAGAACAGGUCUCACUGCAGGUUCAGGACACACCCUGCGUCUCUCUGCAGGAUGAUGCAGAGGGCCUAUACUGCCAGGAGCAGAUCAACAGAUCUAUCUACUGGGCAGAUGGAUACGUCCUGGUCUUUUCCAUCACUGACCACAACAGCUAUCGGACCAUCCAGCCACUCUACCAGCACGUCAGACGCAUCCACCCUGCAGGGAACAUACCUGUCAUACUGGUGGGCAACAAGAGUGAUCUCCUUCGUGCCCGACAGGUGCCACACGAUGAGGGUGAGACGUUGGCAGCCUCUCUAGGCGGGGCUUAUUUUGAGGCCUCUGCCCGGGAGAACCACGAGGGAGUCCACUCCGCCUUCCUGCACCUCUGUGGCGAGGUGAGUCGGGCACUGGGUGGAGGAAACGGGGAAAAGAGAAGAGGGGGGCUGCACCUGGCCCGGCCAAAGUCCCCGAACAUGCAGGAGCUGAAGAGGAGGUUUAGACAAGUGCUCUCGUCCAAAGGGAAAUCUUCCACUACAACACUGUGAUGAGAACAGUAUCAGAGAUGGUCCUGAUCGUUUCUGAUGCAUCUAAAAGUCGUUCCAGAUUCGGAAUGAUGGAUUUAGUCCCGUUGAAUCUUCCGGGAUGCUGUCGUUGGAGAGUGAAUGGAACAUUUCAGUGUCACAGUGGUAAAUCUAAUAGAGAUGAAUAGUUCUGUGUUCAAGUUCUUGGAUUGGAAUGGCAAAUUACGCUAAAGGAGACUAUUCCAGUUGUGGAAGGUAAUGGCAAAGAGACACCAAGGGGGACAUCGGAGUGCUCGGAGUGGUGCAUGAUGUCACAGGACUGCAUGCCAAUUCAAUCAAUGGGCACCGAAGACAGAGCUUAUGACUGACAGGUCUAACUGACCAUUUAUAGGGUACUCUGACCUUCUUAUUUCUAUUGUCAUGGGGUAGCGAACUCUCCGUGCUUUUGAUACAUUGGAACUCAAACAAAAUCAACUGUGUCAUGUGUUCCCAGAGAGAAAAAAACUGUACCUUAUUGUAUAUUUGUAAUUAUUUCCACCUGGGUCUUAUGGGAACUUUAUUCUAAAAGACAUGGACCAGCUUAAAACAUUUAAUUACUGAAAAAACACAAUCAUGGUGUUCGUCAGCCUAAGCGGAACUAAUCUGUCCCAGCUUGGUUCCCCUGAACAGUCCGCUUCCAACCACAGAUCAAGUUUACCUAACUUUAACCAUCUGGAAGGUGAAACUGACCACAGACCAGUCAUUAGUGGAAACCUACCACUACGAUCUCUACGGUUGCGAAAGUCUAAACUGAAGAAACAACCAGGUUUUACAGAAAUCAAGGUUGAAAGACAGACAGAAAGAGGAGGGAAUAAGAAGGAUAUUUUGAAUGCUGCAAAUGGAUCCCCAGUCAGGCCCCUGAUGUGAUGUGGAGUCUCUGUGUCUGAAGGAUGGAUCUUGCUGCCUGUGUUAUUAAUACUAGUCUGGAAAAAAAGGGACUGGACCGCCUUCCCAAAUUGCACCCUAUUCCCAAUAUAGUGCACUACUUUAGUUUGAUAAGCCGUUGUCCACUAUUGGAAAAAUGUGUGCUAAAGUGAGAACAGCGUAACAAUUUUGGACAAGGGCAUGGAGAAAAAUGAGAUUGAGGGUUCUCAUGACCUUUCACCUAUUUACUGCGUCUGUGUCAGUUUUUUAAAAUGUUUUCUUUUUAAAGGCACUCUUCUUCCCAUCAUGGACACACACAAACACCCCAACCGAACCUCACAGUCUCACAUGGAUAUUUCAGGUACUAUAGGAAAAAUAUAUCUUUCACCUUUUCUGGACAGCUUUCUUCCACAUGGUGACUGGUUAGGCGACUGAGUUUAAAUACACAAAUACCUAGAGGGUUAACAAUUCAGGCACUAACACUGACUGGUUAAGGUUCGGGAAAUUAUUUGUGAUUGUUUUACAAAUGCCUAAAACCUGUGUAAUUUUACCAUUGUGUAUGCUACUGCCUAGCCAUAGAUUUGUUGCAGAGGCUGAGGGAAGGGAAAUAAACACAUGCUUAGGGUGAAAAAACACACACACACACACACACACACACACACUGAUAUAAACACUCAUUCCCUUACUAAUAAGAGAGUGGCACACUCUAGAAUGCCUGGGGUAAAUUGUUCCAGUGAUGACAAAUUCCUGACCAUCUGGAAUUCGUCUAAGUGAAUCUGAUCUCUGCCCCUAACGUCCUCCAUCAGACACACACAAACACACAUUUCACAAUGUUUUGACCUUUCGACCUCUGACCUUUCGCCUAUGAAAGUAUUUGGUCUCAGUGUCAGCAAAAGGAUUCAUCUCACAGUGGUAGCUGGCUGAGUAUCACUAUGCCGGCUCUUGUUCAUUAGGAGCCAAACGGACUCAAACAAGAUGGGAAGACCUGGACUUGUCCAAUUAGAAAUGUUUAUUUUGUGUUUUGAAAUGUUAUCGUUGACUGCUUUAUUAAACAAGAACUGAUACUGAGAUCUGUUUUAGAAAGACUAAUAAAUAUGUUUGAACUGGUGUGAAGAUAAAAAUGGGCAAAAAGUAAUUUACUGGAACCAUUUUAGAUGUAAUGUUCUUUUCUUCCUGUUUCUCAGCAUCUAAAUUCCCCAACCUCUUGUACACGCUCACACACACACACACACACAGACACACACAGAUGCACACAUGUAGACACAUUCAUGCACGAAUACACAAACCACUGCCUACAUAAAGACCCUCUUCCGGCAUGCCACUGGCACAAGUGCGCUCAUUUGUGCUCUCCUCGUAUCUACUCACAAAGCCAGAGAAACUGACCAAUACGGAUGUAUGUUACUCAAAAAUAUAAACGGGGAGGUUCAAACCCCAAAUGCUGAUUGUCUGAAAGCUGUGGCAUAUCAGAAUGAAUACAACAGAAAUUAUAAAAAAAAAAAAAAAAGUGUUCUAAUACAUUUGUCAGCGUUAUAUAAUCACAAUAAGGCUAUUAAUAAGGCUGGGGUUUGUUGUGCAGUAUAUUGUCAAUCAGCAAAGGGUUGUGUGCAGGCACUCCACCUAGAGUUGUGCCAAAUAACCUGGUGUCUUGGACAUAAGCCAAAUGGUCAACAGUGUAAAGUGGUCAACAUUAUAUUCGAAAUAGGGUGACGAACUGGAGCCUUUAUCAUAUUUCUUUCCAAGUCGGAAUGUUUUUGUCCAACCACAAUAGAAGAGGCAGGAAAUUAAAACGUAGCCCACUCAGCCCACCUCAGAAGGGCCAGACAGUAGUAUAAUGGCUUCCCGUACUCCAUAGGAGAAGAGCCAGUUAAAAUAUAGUCUCAAUCCACCAUAGAAGAAGAGACAGUUAAAACAUAGGCUCACUCUGCCCACCAUAGAAGAAGA